AAAGAAAGAAAGAAUCCAACUUUUUCUGCGCUGGGGGAAUAGUGACCAGACUACAACCCGACGCGUUUCAGUGCCCGGGGAGAGAGCGCUUGAGUGGAGACGGCAGCAUUUAUCUUGCUGUAACAGCAUAUAAGAUACUUGAACGAAUACCAGGAGCAGAAUCGGGAGUCUGCCGUUCCCCACCGUUAUCAUGAGCGAGCGCUUCGACUGUGACCACUGCAAGGAGUCCCUGUACGGACGCAAGUACAUCCAGUCGGACGACCACCCCUACUGCAUCCCCUGCUACGACAGCCUGUUCGCCAACACCUGCGAUGAGUGCAAGGAGCUCAUCGGCCACGACUCCAGGGAGCUGUUCUAUGAGGACCGGCAUUACCAUGAGCACUGCUUCCGCUGUUUCCGCUGCGACCGCUCGCUAGCCGACGAGCCCUUCACCAGCCAGGACGACGCGUUGCUGUGCAACGACUGCUACUGCAACGAGUUCUCCUCCAAGUGUGUGGCCUGCGACAAGACUGUCAUGCCAGGCACAAGGAAGCUGGAGUACGGCGGCUCCACGUGGCACGAGGGCUGCUUCAUCUGCCACAGCUGCGAGCAGCCCAUCGGCUCCAAGUCCUUCAUCCCGGACAAGGACGAGCACUACUGCGUGCCCUGCUACGAGAACAAGUUUGCACCGCGAUGCACGCGCUGCAAGCAGGUGUUAUCAAAAGGGGGCGUGACCUACCGGGACGAGCCGUGGCAUAAGGAGUGUUUCGUGUGCACAGGCUGCAAGGUCCAGUUAGCCGGUCAGCACUUCACCUCUCGCGAGGAUAGUCCCUACUGCCUGAAGUGCUUCGGCAACUUGUACGCCAAGAAGUGCGAGGCCUGCAGCAAACCAAUCACAGGUUUCGGCGGAGGGAAGUACAUCUCUUUUGAGGAGCGCCAGUGGCACCAGCCGUGCUUCAUGUGCUCGCGCUGCUCCGUGUCGCUGGUGGGCGCCGGCUUCUUCCCCGAGCAGGACGAGAUCCUCUGCCGCGACUGCAACAACAAGUUAUAGAGCUGGAGCCCCAGCAGCAGCAGCAGCAGCCCCCACCAGCCCACCACCAACCCCCCCAACCCCCCCAGCCCCCCCAGCCCAGCCACCACUGCACGCUGCCCCGGCUAGUGCUCCUGCAGCUCAGCUCCACUGCCAUCGCCACCGCCACCGCCUGCCCUCAGGCCUACCUCCUCCUGCUCCUCCUCCUCCUCCUCCUCCUCCUCCACUACGCUCCACUCCACACCACUCCACUCUCAGUCCUGUUCAACUCAGUGCCCUCUGCCCACUUAGCACUGCUAACACUCCCCUCUACACACACGCACACACACACACACACACACACACACACACACACACACACACACACAUAAAUGUAUGCACACACAGAAAAAUGCAUGCAGGCUCACACACACAUACACAUGUAUACACACACACACACACACACACACACACACACACACACACACAUGCACACAAAAAUGCAUGUAUGCAUGCACGCGCACACACACACACACACACACACACACACACACACACACACACACACACACGCACACAGACACAAGCACACACACACACACACACACACACACACACACCAUCUCUCCUCAUGCCUCAGGUCACGUUUAUCCAAACCCUGAACUCUCACCCAAGUGCCUCAUCACCCUUCCAAACAAAGGAGCAGCCUGUGUUCUCUGGCUGAUAAAUCACAGAUGCAGCCUCUUUCAAACAUUCCACACCAACAGUAACAACAAGAAAGACUGACUCUUUGGGAAACGAUGACCUUAAAAUGUUUUAUUGCAAAAAAAAAAAUCCAUUUUCUUUCACAUUUAUUGGGAGUGUAUUAACUCUACGAGUUAUGUGUGUUCGUAGACUUUCGUCUUCACUCUGUGUGUCACUGAGAGAUAUCUUCCAUGUUUGCUUAGAAAAUCCGUCUUCUGUGGAUAACCAUCACACACUGACAUCCUCCCCUUCAGACCAUAGGAAGAGCAACACUAGAGGACGGGUCUGAAAUCCAGUUCACACACACACACACACACACACACACACACACACACACACACUCACUCCUCUCCACACACAAUAACAGCUACACUGUAGACAUCACACAGAUUUCACAGGGCAUCCAUCUUGUCAAAGUACUGAUGAGGUAAACUCAGGCUCUCUCCAUAGCUCCGAUUUCAAGUGCUUCAAGGAAGUGAGGGUGGACGUAUGUAGGAAAAGAGGCUCUUUCAAACCAAGGUCCCGUGUGGAGUAGAACGUGCACAUAUUAUGUUACAACAAACCAUAGAAUGGUAUGCCAGCUAUGUUGAAAUAUCAUUGGCUUGAAUUUUGGAGAAUGUGUCGUGUAAUUGAUAGUUUGGUGAACAGCCACACAGGAUGUUUGAAAUGUGUACACGUGUUUGUGCGGGAGAUUCUUUGAAAGUUGUAGGGUCAGAGCACUUAUUUGGUUUGUCUUGUGCUAAAUGAAUGAGCCGCUAUGUAUCUAUCUUUGUCCUGUAUUAACAGCCAUUCAUUUCCCAACCCUGUUACACUCUCUGUAUAUUUUUGUAUCUUAUUUAAAUCCUGUCAUCACUAUGUAACGUUAUUGUUUGAAAUAGAGCGGGAGGAUUAAGACAAAAAAAAAAGAAAAAUGCCAUGACGUAAAAGGGGAUAAAUUCUUAGGCAGCAAAAUCACAUAAUAGUUUAAAACACUCGCUUAGGUUAAAAAUGAACAUUUGCUAUUUUGCCAGGCAUGUUCGGUGUUGUCUAAAAAGGAAAGACACUUUUUUUAUACAUGUAUCCAUGGCACAGAUAUCCAUAUUUGCACAAUGGAUCCAAUAAUCACACACAUACCUAGUGCUAAUAUCCACGUUAAAAAGAAUCUGCAGAAGCUUGUAUACUUAUAAAGCAGUGCACACAAACCACUUUGUAUCUUCUAAGAGCUACACUAUAUUUCCCUUUGUGUUGUUUCAACACUUUUCUAACCAGAUUCAUGAUGUAUCAUCAGCUGUUCUGUGUGUUUUAUUUGUUUGUUUGUGUUUAUCUGUUUGUUUUCUCCUCUGUCUUAAACUUUAUUUACUACUUCUAUGAGAGCCACAGUUGCUCGGAAUGAACGGGCUAGUCCCUUGCAACGUUUACUGCAAUGUGUCAGCAAGAAGGCAAUGCAUGCUCCUGUUCCUCUUGUUGCUUUUCUUAACAAUGACGAUUUUUAUUUUGUUACUGAAAAUAAUAUUAGUUUUAAUCACUUAAUGAAUGAGAUAUGAUGCUAAUGCUUGAUGCUGGCAGGUUGGUUAAUGUGCUAAUGAAAAGAAUGGGUAACGUCACGUUGAAAGUAGGGUGAGCGAGAUUUUCCUGACCUUAUCAUCAAUGUAAUUUGUUAAUAAAAAUGUUAUGACUA